AUGGUUUCGUCCAAGUCCGGACUCGGCCGCCUGGACCACCGGACGGAGCUGGUCGUUGAACGGUACCCAUUCAACGACACCGACUGGAGUAGCCGGGACGGCCAGCAGUACCUUUUCAUUUUCGCUCAAUGCGACGAGUACCUCUAUGAGUUCAGCGUGCCCCUUGAGCAUCAUCACAUCGACAACGACGGUCUCACCAAGCUCGUCAAUUCCUCUGCAACCACCGCCUUCACAGCCUCCGAGUCGCCUUGCUCUGGUGAGCCGGCUACAACUUCCACUUCCAUGUGGCACAACAUCACCACCUCGGUCAUGCCAUCACAGACCACCGAGCCAUGCAACGAUGACUUGGCUUCCACUACUCAGCUCAAAUCAACAGCAGCAGGUUCCAGCACGCUCCUGAAUUCGACCGCGAUGUGGUCCGCCAAGACGUCGUCAGGCGUCACGCAGAGCACGACGCCUUGCGAUGAUGAGCAUGAGACUGGUUCCAGCAGCGCAUCAGCAUUCUCGACCAGCGCCGUGAGCAAUAUAUCCGUCUCCGACGUGAGAAAGACCGCUGUUUCAUCUGCAUUUUCUUCAGGGGUCACAUUCACAAGCAGAGGCUCCAACAGCACGACCAGCCAUACCAUUUCCAUGACAUCGAGCUCUCUUGGGAACGGAGUUGCUACCCACUCGUCGAUGGAAACGACGACGACCCCAACUGAGCCAUGCGAGGACGGGUCUAGCACGGUGACUGCUGCCACAUCCUGGGACGCCUCAGCCACGUCGAGCCAUGACACUUCGAGCACUCUGCAGGUCAUCCCAACAUCCUCAACGGACUCAAGCCGGAGUCCCAUGACCAAGUCGGCAGACACUUCGCCGGUCUCCUGGGCGACACAGAUAACGCUGACCGCCGUGACCCCUAUUCCCACGGAGAGCUGCGUCAUCGACACAUCCAUGGUGCCUGUCACCAGCGCGCCGCUUACCUUCGUUCCGUCCUCGACGCUCAUCCCGACAAAGACGGUUUGUCAGGACAAUGCACCGACAGGCAAACCGAUGCCCGGAAACAAUCACUGCGGCGUUCAUGGCCUGCCCGUGGGCAACUACUUCCUCGCGCGUUUUGUCGAGAACUCGCCAGGCGUGCGUGUGACUUUGGAGGGUUGUUACCAAUUUUGUGCCAGCGUGAUGAACGCCACUGAUGGGUGCAAAUCCUACCGCUUUUAUCCCGAGAGAGGUCUCAACGUCCCACGAUGCGACCUGUACGGUAGCAACGUCGCUUACGCCUUGGACUCUAUUGACAAUGAUCACCCCGACAUCUGGUUCGAUCUCACAUGCGGCUCACCUUCGGACCAUAGGUGGGCACACUUGCCCGGUAUGAGCCAUCUCCGAGAUCUUGGGUUGCUGGAAUAG